CCUGCUCACCUGACUUUCUUUUCGCGUCUGUUCAUCCAAACAGACAUCAAAAUGACUCUAUUUCACUUCGGAAACUGCUUAGCUUUAGCUUAUUUUCCUUAUUUAAUUGUAUAUAAAUGUUCUGGCUUGUCAGAAUACAGCGCAUUCUGGCAAUGCGUGAAAGCAGGAGGCGCUUAUUUAGUCACUCAGCUAUGYAAGAUGUUAGUUCUAGCUACAUUUUUCCCUACUUCGGAAGUUCUGCCAGACAGUAURGAUUAUUUAGGAGAAUUUUUGCGUUCAACUGUAGAUGUGGCAGAUCUUUUAGGCCUAUAUUUAGUUAUGACAAAAAUUGCUGGAAAAGGGGACUUGAAAGUUCUUGUUGCUGGUUUGGGUUGGGCAACAGCUGAAAUGGCAAUGACAAGACUACUGCCUUUGUGGGUAGGAGCCAGAGGGAUGGAGUUUGAUUGGAAAUACAUGCAGAUGAGCUUUGAUGCYAAUAUCAGUUUGGGGCAUCACAUUGCUACUGCAACACUUGUAUGGCUGUGGAGUAGGACUGAUUUACACAAAACCUUUGUACCUGUGGUUGUUGUAUUCCUUGCCCUUGGAUGCUACAAACCAUUGAUUAUAGAAACCCUUAGUCACACUCUUGGUGUUCAUUCCUGGGCACUSCUUGUGUUGAAAGCUGCUUUCACUGGAUGUAUAGGCUUCGUAGCUCUUCAACUUUAUCUUGUACUUACCACUGAUAAACAACAUUAUAGACAGUAGAUUUCAUCCCAAAAUCAUGKUAAUUUUGGGGGUUAUCAAUGUGGUGACAAGAGCUUGUACAUGUAACAUAGUUAUAAGUGUUCUUUCGUAGAUAUUGUAACUAUUUAUGCAGUUUCUUUUACAUCAAUCUCAUUACCAAAGAGUUCUUCAAAUUUGAAAAUAAAAAAGAGAAAAACUUGGAAAAA